CGACCAACAGCUCCUGAGAACUACGUCACCAAUGUAAAUGGUACCUUCUACAGGAUUGUUGUCGAGUUUCAUCUUAUUGAAACUCGUAUAAAAAGGCGAUCACUCCUCGUCAAUGCGGUCAUUGUCUAUCACUGGACAGAUGAUCGUCUGAUACUCAGAGAACUAUUCGACGACUUCGAAUUACCAAAAGAGUUCGAGCCAUGGCUGCCAAGAGUGCGCACUAUACCUGCACCACAUACUGUUGCUGUCAUGCUAUCCCCUGCAAGCGGCAUUUUGUCUCUUUAUCACAGGGUGAAGGACACUGUUGCGUGUUUCUCUAGCGAAUGGAAGUACCCUUUCGAGUCUUUUAUUUGUGAGCUUCCAAUUGAGAAUGCUGGAGACGAGCUGAUUUUGGUUUCAACAGUACGAGAUCUUCGCCCAGAGUCACAAACAGUAAGAGUCGGGACAGCUCUUGCAACAUUUCCACAGUCCGCUCUUCUGCUGAGCUAUUCGGCCGACUGGGAUUUUGCUUUGCUUUCUGUGUUUCUACCAUCAUUCUUGAUUGUUGCAUUGGUGUUUUUUGCACAGUGGAAACGUCGGAAGGUGCAGCUUGUCAGUUCGCGACCGUACCUUUCAGCAACGCUGUUAGAUCUUUGGAUUUCCGGUUGUUUCAUUCACACUGCAUUUCUGCUGGUGGUUGAUUUGACAUUGCCUGCAAGAGGGUUGAGGUACGCACUUCUUGUGAAUGGCGAUGACGAGAGAACUACUCCAAAAGAGACGUUUCUAAAAAGUGAGUGA